AUGUGCAGCGUUGAAUCGGGGGGCCACUUCAGCGGCUUGGUGGAGUCCUUCCUGGAUGUGAUCCGAAAGAAUUUCCCGUCCAGGGGGAUUGUUUUUGUUUUGACGUCUCAUUGUUUCGUGGGAUGUAGGCUACUGGGACAGGCGGGUUCUGAAUUAAGUCACGUAGUACGGUAGUAGGGAAGGUAAUUUAUUUUUGAUUUCUUAUGGCGUAGGCUCUAGAACCUUUCAUUAUAUUGCAUGGAUAUAUACUACGUGUAUAUGUAAGCAACAUUAGUUGUCAAACUGACCCGUUGUUGUACCACUUUUUAUCAAAAGUCCAUAGAUAUUUUGUGGCCGGGCCGCAUCGUGCAAUAACCCCAUUUUGCACCGAGCAUUUGAUAUUUUGCACUGUGCAACCGGAAUAUCGCUGCGGCAAAAGCUGUUCUCAACUGCUGUGCAACAAACAAUUAGUAAAAUUCAUGUUUUUCUUAAUCGUAAAUUCAUCUUUUAUUGUAGCUAAGCAGCUAUUUCUAUGCCGCAAACGCCGUUAAAUAUCAGUCUGUCGAGAAAGUGACGUGCUUCCGCCAGACCUUGGAAUUGCCCAUCGUCGGUUUGCGACGGCUCACGCAACCCAAAAUAGAACAAAAAUGUCUCCCGCCCACUUUUGAAUUUCGUCCAAACGAAGUGUCAAAAUUCACAAAAGAAAUAAAAUAAUUCCGAGAAAAAUAUUUUUCGGUCGGAAAAUCACACGAAAAUUCAUUUUUGACAUUUCGUUUGAAUUCAACCGAUACUAGGUGGGCGAAGCGCCGAAACGAGGCGGGAGACUCCCUGGGUUGCCGUCCGGCUUGCAGCGGCUAGAGAUUUGGGGCGCGGCGACAUUUUGCUGCGACAAAUUCACGUUAUUUUCCCGACAGACAGAUAUCUCACCCGUUUUUGCAAAGCGCGAGCUAAAACUUUCAGAGAUUAGGGAAUGGCUAAUUAACAACAUGCAUGAGAUCAAUGAGAUCCAAUUCUGAUAUUUCUUUGUUUAAAUUUUCGUUUUUUCGUCUUUAGCAGUCCGUCCGGAAAAUAAUGAGCACUCUGUCGGAUCAAAAAUCGUAUCGCUGCUGAGAAAAUGAAUUUUGUCACGGGUAAAAUAAAAUUGCUUUUCACUUCAGCGACGCGAUCGGUGCAGUGAAAUUGUGCUCAGUAUUUUCCCGACAGACAAAAAUUAAUAAUUUUUUGUAAGUUUUUUGUAAGCCCUUUGACUAUGUAUUUCCCCCUUCAUUUCCCUGCGUCUUCCUCAUCUUCAGUUUUGUGACUGGUUUUUUGGAAGUGCAAACAAUGACUUACUUGUAAGUGGACUCCCACUUGAACCGUGAAAAGUGGGAUCUUCUGGUUUAGUGACCUCCUCUUGUGAAUGGCCUCCGGGAGAUUUUGCUGAUUGUUUCUUCGAGCGUUCACAUUUUUAUUUUUAACCAAAAUUCUGUUUUUGAAUUUUUAAAAAUUGAUGUUUUAGCUGAUCGCCGGCUCAACACCAAGUCCGGGAUUAUCGGCCAACUCCGGAGCCGUGAAGCGGCUGUUGUCGCUCGCUCAACGACAAUGAAACCGAGGUCAUGGACCUUGUUUUCGAAUAAAUUUUUAUUGCUUUUGCUGCUGGUGUCCAGCACAAUGUGUAAUGGUAGGAAUUAAACUUUUUUUAAAUUUUUAAACCUUUCUUAAGAUUUUUUACCGACGGUUUCGUUGAUUUUGCGACUAAAAAAAUGAUUUUCAGCAUCUCCCAGACCUCAGUGGCCACAACAGAAUCCAGAAUUUUAUUCCAACUCGUAUCAGAGUCAAGCCGGAUACGUGCCGCCGAGCGCGUUUGGCAACAGUAAUUAUGGAGGUAAGUGUUGGUUUGUUUGCGGCAAAAGGUGUAUUUUAAUAUCAUAACUUGUUUUAAUUACCGGUUCAAAUACAGCAAACCUCUGUACAGCGAAUUGUAAAGAAGAAAACGUUUUUUUUCAUUUUCUUUUUCAUAAAGUGCAUGGACACUUGCUCUCUUCCGCACAGUGAAUUUUUAACUUCUUAAUAGUAGGAAGUCAAAUUUUUCGCAGAAACCAUUCCCACGACCUUUGAACUUCCCCGUUUUAGACGUUUUGUUGUAUGUAAGCUUCUUGUACAGAGGUUCCGCGGCGUAGUACAGGACCUGAUUCAGUGGCAAAAAACAUACCACUUUGCAUCCGGGAAGUAUCAAAAGAUAUAGCAAAAUGCCUCCUUCUCCAACUAAAUAACUCCGUUUUGAAGGGCGCGCCCUUUCCCCUCACAAACGUUUUUUGAAAUCGGAGUUUUUUUUCACCUGGAGAGGAAGGUACUUUGCCACAUUUUUUGAUAUUUCCCGGAUGCGAAAUGGUAGGUUUUUUGCCAUUGGAUCAGGCCCGCCACUAUAGGCACUUUUUCGCUGUCGCUCGCGCCCUGACUUUCUUGCACGGUGCAUGCCUCGGAAAUCACUCCAGCGGCUUUGCGCACGGUCUGGUAUACCUCCUCAACUAUAAUAUACAGUCAGAAGGCUAUUGUUGACGUCCUUAUUAAAUUCUGUUUCAAUUUUCCUCCCAAUUUCAGCCUUCAAUCGUCCAUUCAUCACCCGGCCGAUGCAACCCAACGGUUUCCUCAACUACAACAACGGUUUCGGGCAUGGUUAUUCCGGAAUGGGCACAGCCACCAACAACGAGCUGCCCACCGCUCCGCGAGAGUCCGAGGAAACUCACACUAUUCCAUUAACGCCUCCGGCAGCUCCCUCGGAGCCGGUUGGGCCCACAAUGCCGGCAGUGCCGCCCGCGAACCCAGGACCCGCAAUGGGGGGAAUGGGUAUGGAAAUGAACGGAAUGGGCUCAAAUAACAAUCAAAAUGGACCAAUGCCAAGCAACAAUAAUAUGGGGAAUAUGAAUCAAAUGAACAUGGCGGGAGAUAAUCGACCGUCAGGAAUGGGAGCGGCCGGUCAAAUGAGUGGAAAUCAGAUGAAUUUUGGACAGAACGGAGGAGGGAUGGGACGAGGAAUGUGGGGCCAAAAUGGAGCCUAUGGAGGAUCGAGUAAGUUGAGAUUACAGCGGUGUUUUGAAAGAACAUCAAAGAGCAACAAAUUGGGGCGUGAGAAGUUUUACAUCUAUUUAUACAGUAGAGGUUAAUUUUUCAAGUAAAAAAUCGAUUUAUUUUGCUCAAAACUGGCGAAUUUCUAGCCAAAAAGUAUUAUUCUCCUUGACCGCUAUACGUUCGGCAGCAAAAAUUGUGGGAUAUUCCCUGAAAAGCGCGAGCUAAAAUUUUCAGGAAGACUCAAAGCUGUACAUGCCUACAGCACAAAAAUUAUCAAUUUUUUGUUGGCUUUCUUAAUUAUUACAUAUACUAUCUUCGAAAAAGUUUGUAUAAAUUUGAUCCAAGUUUCAUCAAAAUAUUAACGUCGCACUUGAAGCAUAUCAAUGUGUCGGGAAAGUAAUAAUCACACUGUGGCUGCGCUGAUCGUGUCGUUGAAGCGAAAGGCCAUUUGAUUUUGGCACGACACCGUUCAUUUUCACAGCAGCAAUGCGACAGAGUGCUCAUUAUUUUCUCGACAGACUGAUAUAGUACGUGUAGCAUGUAGAAUUUAUACCCUACUUCUCAAGCCAUCACUUGAGAAGUAGUGAAUGUUUCAUCUUCGUAUUUCACUUAUUUCAGUGUACAACCAGCCCUGCUACGGCCCCAAUUGCCCAAUGCCUGGCAUGAACAACGGAGGUUAUGAUCUCACGGGUCUUCAGGGCCUCACCGGUAUGGGCUCCAACAUUGGUCAAUCGCCGACCGAGGACUACAACUCGGCCGAAGAGUCGGCCGAAAUCGCCGCCGGCGACGACCUUGAACAAUCGAAUCUCCGAAAGUACGCCGAGUAUUUGGAGCUAGUGAAUCGGCGGUACGGAAUCGGCAUGCCAGGACAAGUGCCGAACACCCAGAACGGGCAAUGGAACAUGAACAACAUGAACAUGGGCAUGAGCAACAUGAAUAUGGGAAUGAACGGGAUGAACAUGGGCAUGAACAACAUGAACAUGAUGGGAAUGAACAAUAUGAAUGGCAUGGGAAUGCAGGGCACGAUGGGCCAAGGACUGCAGAACGGAAUGGGAAAUGGGCAAGGGGGACUGCCCGGGGGCUUUAGCGGCUCACAAGGACCGACCGAGCCGUUGGCGCCGAGUACGGGGCUGAGUGGCGGUGUGGUGGACAAUGGAGCGAUUAAAAGUGGAUCCAUUUCGAGUACUGGCUCGGGAAGUUCGGGACCUGGUAGGUUGUGUUGUCAGUUGGUCGGGAAAAUAGUGUGGAUUUGUCGCAGUUGUGCAGCAAAUCUCCAGCCGCGGCUAGCUGCCGCAAAGUGAUCAUGGGAAAUUUCAAGGUGCGAAAAAUCCACUUUAUUUUCCCGACAGACUGAUAUACAGACGCUAAUCUGAUAAAGGAAAUGGCAGAUAUACCGCAAGAGUAGUUUCAAUCAAACCUCUGUCAAGAAAAGUCUUGGCAUCUCUGAGAUUGUUGGUUAUAGAAAGGUUUUGUUGUGCGAGGUUUCGUUGUACUAGACAGUCAGGAAAACCGCCGGACAGAUUUAUGCAUGGUGCGAAAACAUGGGCUGUCACUGGCUUUUUUUGCGUAUUGCAAACGUCAAAAAUCAAUCUUGCGGCUUUCUCAUUGACCUCCGUACGACAAAACUCUAUUAACGAACAAAUUUCUUGCCCUUUUUAUAUAUAUAAUACAUAGAGAUUCCACUAUCUUGUGAACAAACUUCCGGGUUUACCCCCAAAUCUUAUACCACUUUUCAGACUCUCCCUCCCCGUCUCCCAGCACAGCCCCCAGUGGGAUGGGUUCCCUCCUAAUGAGUCGUAAUCUCGGCUUCGGCGCCUACCCGUACAACGGCGCCCUCACGAAUCAAGGCUACCUUCCCAACGUCUACGAGAACCCCUAUCCAAUGCAAUGGCCGAUGAGUGGCAGCUUCGGAGCCCUGACGAACAUGGGCCAGCCCAUGAAUCCGUGGGAGAAUCCGUACGGCGGCACCGGCUCGUUGCAGCCAGACUACGGCUUGGAAAUGCAGCCCUACGGCUACGCGAAUAUCCGAUAUCCACAGCCUCAACGGCCGUCGAUUAAUUACCCUGUACGAUGGAAUCAGGAGACAACUACCGGACCCCCGGUCUCGCCGCCAGAGCUACCAUCGAGUAGAUCGAGAGAAAAGAGCUUGGAGACCAGUGGCAGUCAGGAGAGAACGCAUCAACCGCCCAACACACCCACUGCAACAUCGAUUCAAGCGCUAACGCAACAGGUCAGGAGGGUGUUUCGGACUUUUGCUAGAAGAGAAAAGAGUGUGGGACCAAACAAAUUCCCAGUAGAACAAACUUGAAAAUUUAGAGAAAAUUGAGGUUUAGGGACAGCAGGCUGGCGUCAAGUCUCACCCCAAUGGGUCAAGUUUCUCUGUCGAAUAAAAUUAUUUUCUCUCGGGAAAAGUUAUUAAUUACGGCCCUAUACAGAAUCAUAAGUUGUAGUUGUAGAAUCAUAGGUUGCCGAAAUUCAACAUGCUUUGAAUUUGCACCGCCUUUCUCCAGCGGUGUUGAACAAUCUUUGAAGGCAAAGUGCUACCUGUUUUUACAUGCUUAGAAGCUUUGCGCCAAAGCGUGAUUUUUUUGCAUAAAGAUUGGGGGCUUCGGUAGUUCAGCCCCCCAUGAAAGGUAGUUCAAACCCCCACUGUUUUGCCCGUUUCACACCCCACAUAAUGAACAAAUUAGAAUAAUACAAAAAUGUAAGUGGGGGUUUGAUCUACUACGUUGGGGGUUUGAUCUAAAACUUAGGGGGCUUUUUCUAAAACGGAGGGGGCUUCAUCUAAAACGUAGGGGGCUUGAACUAAAACGUAAGGGGCUUGAUCUAAAACAUAGGGGGCUUGUGCUGGACCAUACAACUUGGAUUAAUUCUUUGAAAUAAAUUUUGGGGUUCAGAAUGGACAAGGGGGGUUAUACUGGGUUAUGGGGGGCUAAACUGGACUGGGGGGCUGUACUACCUUAGCCCCAAAGAUUGUUCUCAUAAGCGAAAAUAACGUUAGUUUUUUUACUAAAUCUUGCGAAUAGGCAUCGUAAAAUUUGCUAACGCUUUACCUAAAAAACUUGACAAGCUUAUCUCAAAACGUUAUUUACUAUACAUUGUUCUCAGAUUCGACGACUGCCGGCGGUUCUCUACGUUGACUCGAAGGAUCAAGAAGGCCGCAGAGUGGAGAAUAUGCUCCGCGACACCUACGGACUUCCACUCGUCUCCUUUUACGUCGACAAAAUCGACAAGCCCAAGACGGUGGAGAAAUAUCUUCAUCAACUCACCGCUCACAAAGGAAUGCCCUACUUGUUUAUUUGUGGGACUUUUAUUGGGAGUUUGGAGCAUGUGGACAAUUACCACAAGAACAAGCAGAUCCCACAGCUGGUGGAGUAUGUUUGUGGCGAGGAGAAGGACAAGAAACAACCGCAUUCGCACAAGGAUAAGGACAAGAAGAAGCCGAAAGAGAAACGAAGCCGAAGCCGGCGGAUACCCGGAUAG